AUGGCGUCAUCCAGCAAGUUCUCGGAUGAACAUUUCUCUUGCAUGCUGUGCUGCAAGAUCUUUUGGGACCCUAUGCUUCUCACCUGCAGCCAUAGCUUCUGCAGCACCUGUCUGGAGAAAUACUGGGAGGACCAAGGACCCGGGAAGAAAGAGUGCCCACGCUGCAAGAGACGAUGUUCCAAGGACAUCUACCCCAAGAACACCAUCCUGCAUAACCUAUGCCAGGUGUACCUGCAGGGGCAGAGCCAGGUGCAUUCAGGGGGAGUUGGCGCCACCUGCAGGCUGCAUGAUGAGCAGCUCAGUCUCUUCUGCUGCGACGACAAACAGCUCCUUUGCUCUGUGUGCCGUGCCUCAAAGAGACACGCCUCUCACGCAGCCAGCAGCAUAAAUAUAGCAGCGCCCAAGUACAGGGAGGCGCUGGAUAUGAAGCUCAGCUCUUUGAAAGAGAGCCUGAAGACAUUUGAGGAGGCAAAGAAAACAGCAUCAUAUAUUAAGAUUCAACUCCAACACACAGAAAAGCAGAUCAAGCAGGAGUUUGAGAAGCUUCACCAGUUUCUACGAGAUGAAGAGGCAGCCAGGAUAGCUGCACUGAGGGAGGAAGAGGAGCAGAAGAGUCAGAUGGUGAAGGAGAAGAUUGAGAAGAUGAGCAGAGAGAUCUCAUCUCUUUCAGACACAAUCAGAACCAUAGAGGAGGAGAUGAAAGCUGAUGAUUUCACAUUUUUACAGAACUACAAGAGCACAGUGGAAAGAGCCCAGUGCACACUGCAGGAUCCAGAGAGGCUUUCAGGAGCUCUGAUCAAUGUGGCAAAGCACCUGGGCAACCUGAAGUUCAGAGUCUGGGAGAAGAUGCAGGAGAUUGUUCAAUACACUCCUGUCACUCUGGAUCCCAACACUGCACACCCACUACUCAUCCUGUCUGAGGAUCUGACCAGUGUGAGACGUGGUGAUGAGAGACAGCAGCUUCCUGAUAAUCCAGAGAGAUUUGAUAAGUAUGGGAGUGUCCUGGGCUCUGAGGGCUUUAACUCCGGGACACACUGCUGGGAUGUGGAGGUUGGUGAGAACACAUUGUGGACUGUGGGUGUUAUGACAGAGUCUCUCCAGAGGAAGGGUGAUUGCAUCUACAAUAGUGGACUGUGGUAUGUGUGGUAUAAAGAUGGUAAAUAUAGAGCACGUGCCUCACCACAGCCCUCCACUAAUCUCACAGUGCAGCAGAAACUCCAGAGGAUCAGAGUGCAGCUGGACUGGGACAGAGGAAAGCUGACAUUUUCUGACCCUGAUACUAACACACAUCUACACACCUUCACACACACUUUCACUGAGAGAGUUUUUCCAUACUUCAAUGGCUGUAGGUUCUCUCCUCUGAGGAUACUACCAGUGAAGGCCUCAGUAAGAGUAGAGCAGCAGAGUUAA